AUGAAAUCUACGCUCUCGAUCUUUGGCUUACUUGCAAACUUUGCAGUGGUAUACGAUUGUUCAGUUAGUGCUAUCGCGACACUUUUACCGGCAAAAUCUAUUGUUUUCUAUGCCACCCACAAUGAUGCCGGUGUAACAUUCACUUCUCCAGCCGAUUAUAAUGCAGGUGGUGGUCCGCCGGGUGGAGGGGGGUCGAUCAUCCCCCAAGUUGUUUCGGAUUGGCCCUGCCCGACAACUGGAACGGCUGAUUUUUUCGGCAAUGGAGGGUUCUCUGGCAGCAUUGAUGGCAUGUGGUAUGGAUUCGCAUCCAUCUCCACUGAUACUGGCCAUGAAAGUGGAGGGGCUGAUUGA